UCCCAUUGUAUCACUACAUGUAAAAAGCUAGUAGAUAUAAUUAUAGCUAGCUGUACUGCCCAGCAUGCAGGAAUCCCAAGGAUAUGAUCUGAUGAGCCACUUCAGAGCUUACAGUAUGGACUCAGACAACAACAGUAGCAACAGCUCUGGUGGUGAGUGUCCCUCUAAGGAACAGAUCAACUUCAUUAGUCUCUGUGUCCUUAUAGGGCAAUUUGUCGCCUCACUCGUCAUACUCGUCAUUCUCAGCUUCACCCAGAAGCGACGGCGCCUCGGACCCAACUGUUUGUGGGGGGUCCCUGGAUUGCCAGUGCCAGUGGACUUUCUGGUGACCCCGCGAUAUCGUACUGUCUAUACAGUCAUAUUUGGUGUCAUGGCAACCUCCAUCCUUCAAGUGUUUCAGACGUCGAAUAUUCCAGACGGCUUUAACAACCUCUACGACAAACUAUUCUACAAAAUCUUGUUACAGCCUCUCAUCCUGGUGGCCAUGCUCUCCCUCAUCUACUUUCCCCUGUUUGCGUGUGUGAGGGCACCUCGGCCCUGGCUGGGGAGAAUACUGGGUCUCCUCUAUUCUAUCCUCUGGUUUAUGGGGCUCUUUAGUUCACUAGUGAUGAAGUACGGUUUCUUGAUCUGCAACGAUACGGAGCUUGUUGACAUUCUUGUUGACGUGGCCAUGAAUAUUCCUGUUGUUGUAGCAGCUCUCAUUGUAGUAGGCUGGUACAUGUACAAGGUCGUGUGGGGGGCCGUGCAGCUAUGCAGGGGGUCUCUGGCACUCAGGGGGGAGGAGGAAAUGACCGAGUCAGCAGAAACACUCUUCACUACAAGAAAUGGACAGUACCAACAGCUGGCGACUGCGAGAGGACGUGUAACACUCGGUGUGAAGCGCUAUCACCUCACACACGUCAAGACACUGCUCAAAAAACCUGAGCCACCAGUGGAGAGGACCCGGCUAAAGGAGGUAGUAAAGAAAGUGAAAAACUACUUCUUCCCCUAUCACUCAGGGUUUAGGUUUCCACUGCCGUUCAUGGGAGCUCUGGUUGCCAUGGCAAUGUUGCUCUAUCAGCUGACUAUACGGAUCGUGAUAUUGGGUGUUUCCCUGACCACGAUCCUCCCCUCAUUUUACAAGGAAACUCUGGAGCCCCUCCUCUCCAACCUCAGCAUUCUCACCAACGACUCGAUAUACAUCAAUGAGCUCACCCAAGUCUCUGAAAUAGUCUACAUUGGUCUGCCAGUGUUGUUGUGUAUCUCCCCUGUGCUCUCCUUCCUCUUAUGUCUCUUCCUAUUGGUCCACAUGGUUGGAUCAGUCAGCAAAGAGUGUAAGAUGCUGGCCAAGACAGGGUUCAAAGUUCCCCUACCCUCACCUGCCUCGAGAGUGCCCUCAGCUUGGAAGUACAUUGGAUAUCAAAUCGGAUUCUUUGUUCUUGCGUACUCGGUGUAUACGGUGCUGAUGUUAGUGGCGGGUGUGGUCGCCAGUGGUUUGUACAUGGGCUUCAGGUUCUUCCCAGACUUCACGACACUGCUCCUCCUCUCCUUAAUUGUUCCAGUGGGAUGGUCUCAGCUCAUCUUCCUGGCUCAGAGCAUCGUCUGCAGGCUUGUCUUCUUUGUGGACAAAAAGGGGAAGUUCAUUGCAUUGACCAACACACGUCUGUUCAACUGGUUCUCUUUCCUCCUUUUCUUCUACAACGGGUUUGCUGGUUUUGUGAACGCCAUUCUCCGGACCCUACUGGCCAGCCUCUUCACCAUACUGCUCCUGUUUCGGCUGGACAGAGUGGUCCUGAUGAGGGGCUUCGAGAGAUUUGACUUUGGUCACAAGGCCUACCUUGGUUUCAUGUACUUGGACUACACGUACAACAAUGCAGUGGUGCAUGUGUUUAUAGGACUGCUCAAGUGUAGCCUGGGGAAGCGCCUCAGGGCGUCGGCUCGUAGCAUACUCAGUCAGGAGGAGGGAGAGGGGGAGGGGAGGACUGUCUCCUGUAACGGUGUACAGGCUCGCAAUCGCUGGCUGGUGGCCUACACUCUAAUCAGGAACCCCUCUCUGGUGAAACUGACAGCCUCUAACCUAGUAACCAGGGCUGCUAUGGAUACAAGCUACGAAGAACUGGAGCUACCGUCCUUUGCAACUAACACCACCGUUCAGAGAUCAGACAAUGAUGAUGAACACGAAGCUACAGCUUAAAUACUGUUUGUUCCUUAAUUAUUGUUUUUAUGUAAUAAUUAUAUCUUCGUUCUAUAAUCAUCUUGUUGCUGUACCUAUGGAUAUGAAAUAAUCACUAACAAA